AGAAGAGCAGCUGCUGCACUGAGAGAAGCACUUAAUCCUGCGUCUCAGUUCUUUGUUAGUUUAAUUUGGGAUAUAUCAUCAACUACUGCCAAGACAUUGCCUCCAGAUUUACUGCCACACGAUCUCGCUUUGCAAGGUGUGAUUCUGUCCAUUGUGACUGUGUAUGUCAUGGAGUGGCAUUGCAUGACUACAGCACAGUGCUGUGCAUAAAAGCAGACCGACCCAGGCGGGAGAAUCGUUUCUUCUUCGCGUUUUUGAGAACGCACAUCAGGAUGGCCUCCGUAUCACUGCCAUACAAGAAGCAGCUCUUCGCACAACCGGAUUUGGCCUGGCUUCAGGAAAUGGAUGACGCAGACUGUGAUGGAGAAGAGAUUUCAUUUCUCCAGCAGGUCACUGAUACCUCCUCCUCAGAAGAAGAAGAAGAAGAAUCCGAAACGGAGACGGAACAAGAACCCAACACGCCUCCACAAAAGAUACACCGUGGUACUGAGAAGCCCUGUCUGAGCCAGACGGCAAAAGACGGCACUGUGUGGGUAGAGGAGGACAUUGGAAUGCCCAGUGCAGAAGAAGUAAAUCGCUCGUGCUUCACUGCGCAAGCUGGACCCACAGAGUCUGUUAAGCGUAAAAUUACAAGCGUGCUCCAAAGCUUCCUUUGCCUGUUAGACGUAGGAAUGCUGCAGGCCAUCAGGGACUGCACGGUCCGUCAAGCCCGCAGAACAGAGCCGGACUGGAAUUUGGCAGUUCAUGAACUGAUGGCAUUUAUUUCAAUUCUGUUUGUAAGAGCAAUCAUGUGUCCCGUUGGUGCCCUUGUGGAUUGCUGGUCAGAAAGCUUUCUGGUGCCAGUAAUCAAAGAGACAAUGUCCAGAGAUAGAUUCAUUUCAAUUAUGCAACACCUUCGAUUUGAUAACAAGGACACACAUGCAGAGCGGGUGAAAAUAGACAAAUUUGCUGCGAUCUCCGACAUCUGGAGACGCUUCAACAAGAACUGUGUUGAGAGUUUCACUCCAGGAGAACACAUGACCAUAGAUGAACAGCUGUUCCCUACCAAGGUUCGUUGUCCAUUCACGCAAUAUAUCGCAAGCAAGCCAGACAAAUUUGGGAUCAAGUUCUGGUUGGCCACGGAUUUGGAGACCAAAUAUGUCUGCAAUGUAUUUCCUUACUUGGGAAAGGACCCCAAUCGUCAGAAGGGAGAGAGGCUGGCAGAGAGUGUGGUCAUGAAUCUGAUGGAGCCAUUUUUGGAUGCUGGGAGAAACGUCACGACGGACAAUUUCUUUACUUCACGGUUACUGGCGGACAGACUGCUGCAGCGCAAUACAACGCUACUGGGCACGGUGAAUAAAAUGCGGCGUGAAAUUCCUCAACUUGCAAAAGACACUGCAGAGCGAGAGGUAUUCUCCACUUCAGUGCUUAGAAGUGGCAGUGUCUCCUUGACAGUUUAUUCACCUAAAAAAAACAAGACUGUGUGUGUUCUAAGUUCCCUGCACCGAGACGUGACGAUCGGUGACGGCAGAAAGAGGAAACCCAACACGAUAACAGACUAUAACCACACAAAGUGUGGUGUAGACGUGUUGGACCAAAUGGCGCGGAUGUAUUCAGUAAGAGCAGCAACACGCAGGUGGCCAAUAGCGGUUUUUUACAAUAUGCUGGACCUGGCGGCGGUGAACGCCUACAUUUUGUACAAAGCAUGUACAGGGUGGACAGGCAAAAGAAGAUUGUUUCUGAGUCUUCUAGCUAAGGAGCUUCGUCGCCGAUUCAUGCAGCACAAGGAAAUAUUGGCACAGAGGCGGGCUGCUGAAGCUGCUGCAGCUGCUGUGCCAGGGACUGUACACACAACGCAGUGCCAGGUGCAAGAGAGCUGCAACAGGAAUCGCAGCAGGUUUACCUGUGCAAAAUGUAAGAAAUACACCUGUGCCAAAUGCAGGGAUGAUGGACACUGGGUCUGCAAACGCUGUAAAGUUUGAAACACUUUAAAAUAAAACAGACUUGUGUAUCCAUA